AUGCAGGCAGUAGCGUCAACUUACCAUCAGGUCCUGCGCUUUCCAGUGCCAGCCGGACAAGUAAAAGAGGUUUGGGGAGACCAAGUAAUUGCAAAACAGUGCUUUGUCACAGAAAAUGGCAGCCGGGCUGCCAAAGGUUUUGUUCAAAUGAUAGAAGGACCAGAAGGGAAGGAAGUCCUGGAAGACGUGAGAAGAAAGGCCGAGGAGAAAUCAGUUGAAGAUUUGGUGGAAGUGCACGUUGACGAGAAUGAUCCAAAUAAGUUCUUUCUUUUGGGAUCAUCUUUGUCCAGCGCCAAGCGACUCAAUUAUGUCAACUUUUUGCCCACGGCUCAGCCAGCAGAAACAAAUAGUGGACAACAAGUGGGAGAAGGGCAAGAGAAAGCCGAGCAAGAAACGGAAAAACCAGCCAGCUUGCCAAAAUACAAGCUCGACAAAGAUAUAGAAAGAGACCAGAAUGAGCCGACCAGUACCUUGGAGUUAAGGAACUCUAAAAAUCCCUCCGACUGCUGGAAGUUGUUCAUUGGCGAGAAGUGGAAGCUCUUCGUUGAUGGGGCCUCCAAUAGACAUGGCGCCAGGCUAAGGGUCGUGCUGACAUCCUCGGAUAGGCUGACCAUCGAGCACGCGAUCACACUCGGUUUCCCAGCAUCCAAUAAUGAGGCGGAAUAUGAAGCCCUCCUCGCCGGAUUGAAGAGUGCAUUGAGGAUGAAAACAUCAGAACCUAUAGUAUUCAGCGACUCCGAGCUGGUGGUCAAUCAGGUCUCCGGGGAAUAUGAGGCUAGGGAUGAAAGGAUGGCCAAGUAUCAAAUGCUGGUACGCUUAGAAAUCAAAAAGUUUGCCGCAAUAAGAAUGGAACAAAUUAACCGCGAAGAAAACAAUGCAGCCGACGAACUGGCCGGCCUAGCAUUCAUGCAAACGACUUUUCCCAAUCCUUUGAUGAUAGAAUUCUUACCCCAACCAAGCAUUGAGGAACCAGAGGUGCCCGAAGUACUCUGCGCCGACUUAGGACCGUUCUGGAUGGAUCCCGUCAUCGCCUUCCUAAAGGAUAGAAUUCUACCCACUGAAAAGAAGGAGGCCAACAAGAUCAGGGCCAAAUCAGAACGGUUUUGGCUCUCCCCAUCUGGCGCCUUGUACAAGAAGUCUUUCACUGGGCCAUACCUGAAGUGCGUCCACCCCAGCAAGGUAGAAGCUUUCCUCUUCGAGAUUUAUGAAAGCAUCUGCGGGAGUCAUAUUGGGGGUAGAUCUUUAGCUUACCAAGCAAUUUCUCAAGAUAUUGUAGGACCGCUUCCAACAGCCCCAGGCAACCGCAAGUUUUUCAUCGCUGUUACCGACUACUUCACUAAGUGUGUAGAGGCCAAGCCGUUGGCAAUCAUCGAGGAAAAAGAUGCCUACCCUCAGUCAAAUGGUCAAGCAAAAGCUUCAAACAAGAACAUCCUGGACGGGCUAAAGAAGCGACUGGAGAAGGCCAAAGGGAAGUGGGCUGAAAAACUCCCCAAUGUGCUCUGGCCAGACUUGAACAAUGAAGUUGUGGCCCUAGAACUUGACCUAGCUAAAGAAAGAAGGGAACGGGCUCUAAUCCACAUAGCAACUUACCAGCAAGAGCUCUACAGAAAAUACAACAAGACCAUGCAUCCUAGGCUAUUCAAGAUCGGAGACUGGGUCUUGAGGAAGGUAAUGGGCAACACAGUGAUCCCUGGCGAAGGCAAAUUAGGAGCAAAUUGGGAAGGGCCAUACAAGGUAACUGGCCUUGCAGGCAAAAAGGCAUACCGCUUGGAAGACUUAGAUGGUAAAGCUGUCCCCAGACCGUGGAAUGCAGCCAAUCUCAAGAUAUUUUACUUUUGA